AUGUCUGUGACAGGGUUCCUCCGUGUAAUGGACGCGUCCGUGCCACACACCCAAGUCCAGGAGCACGCGUCGACGGCAGCGGAGGCACUCAUGGAGCUCGGAUUCCGCUCGAAUUCGUCGGAAGAGAUUGACGACGAUUCUGAGCGGACAGUUGAACGGGCUGUUGCUGAGCCCGAGUCAGGGAAUGAUGGUGAUGGACGGGCAAAUGAACGGGCGAAUGAAGCGGAUGGUACCUCGACAGUAGAACCUACUGCUGGAGGCGGUGCUGAAGCAGUGACACCGAGGUCGGCGGAUCACGACGAGAAGCAUCAUGGUCAAGACGCGAAUCACGAUCGCUCCGCUGCUUAUGUCGCGGAUGAGUCUCAGGAGGGAGUGGAAGCGGCCGUGCUGCGGGAAGCUGGCGAGGGAGAAAAAAAUGAGUUUGACUCAGAGCAAGGCGACGUUGAGAAGGAUUUGCAGGCUUCAAAUGUCGCGGAGAAGGAUGGGAAGAACAAUCAGGCUCGUGAUCAAGAAGGGGGGAACGAUAAGGUGGGUGGUGAGGAGGACUUUGGGAACGUCACCGCGACUAGGGAAAAGCAACGUGGAACCAAGGCGUCGUCCUCGCCUGAGAAAGCAUCACCCGUGCGUGGCCACGCAGAGAGCGGCGUGCGGCGCACACAAGAGCACCUCGUGGUGAUGCGGAGCAGCAACAGCCCUCUCACUCCCGCAGGGGCGCAAACGCCGCACACGGCGGAAGUCAAAUCCGUGCAGACGCCGGCCACGCAGCCGCCGCAGCACACGCAGUCCGGGCCAACGACCGUUCCUGGAGUGCCGAUUCAGCCCCCCCUUCCGUUACAUGCUUCGGACGGCGCGCUGGUGUCGCUCGUCCCCGCCGCUUCCGAGGACGGCCAGCUCCAGUGGAUCCAGCCGCCGCAAUUCUUGGCGGCGCCGCAAUUUAUGGGCGGAGCGCAUUUUAUGGGCGGAGCGCAACUUAUGGGCGGGGCGCAACUUGUCGGCGGGGCGCAAAUUGUGGGCGCAUCUGGACACGGCGGAGGGAUGAUGCCCGCAGGGCCGGUUUCGUUCUUCCGCGCGUCAUCCUUCGCUGCGCCUGUGUCCGCGGCAACGGGUAUUGAGGGAAGCUUUAUGGGGACCGAUGGAGUCAACGGAGUCAACGCCACCGCGCGCGGCGUUUCCGGGGAUCUGUUCGGCGGGAACGCGGGCGACGAGAUGAUAGAAGGCUCGUGGGACGACUUAAUAAUCUGCACUCCCACCGGCGGGUUUCCCGGCGGGUUUCACGGGCAGAUGGGUUGGGGAGGCGAGCGAACAAGUCGAGCUGGUCGCCGCACGCAGCUAUGGGAGGGCGACCCGCAGCUGGUGUACCGUUUGCAACAGAGUUACCACACAGAAGAGUCCGUCGCCGCCGAGGCGAAACCCGACCUUUCAACGAUUGCCAUCCAUGGCGCCGAAAACCCUUCGAUUAGAGACGGCUCGAUUAGAGGCGACGGGGGCGAGGAGGAGGCUUUGCCGGCAGAAGCUGGAGGCAAUCCGGAGGCCGCCACGCCCCCAGGGAUCAUGGGACCAGAGUCCCGGGAUGUGGCACAGUCGGCGGCAACAAUGGAUAGUUAUCGAGAAGCUAUGGCGAGCGGUCAGUUGCCGCUGCACGUGAAAGUGGAAUUUCCGACUCCGUCGCCUAGAGGCGGACUAUCUUCCUCGUCGCCCAGCAAUCGCGGCGGGCUGGGGUUCUCGUACCACUCGCCGAUCCCGCUGUGCUCGCCGUCGCCGCUGCGACUGUGUGCGAUGGAUCUGGGCGACAUGGCGGAGCCAAAUCUGUGGCUGUCGCCGCCCGCCAGCACCAAGUACACGCUCGACAAGCUCGGCGAUUUCCCGCCGUUUUCGCCGCGGCUUCCGGCGAUCGUGCGCGGCUACAGCGCCGCGGACGGCGCAGAAAACCCGCCAGUUUCCGCUUCCGCCAUGAGUUCCGCCGUUCCCCAGUCCGGUUCUCCGCGGGCAGCCAGGCGGGGAACGGCGGAGGUCGAGGGAGACGCCGCGCGGGAAGACGGUCAGGCUGCGCGGAGGGAGGACGAAGCGCUUGAUUCAGCGGGCGCGAGGCGGGACAGUGGAUCGGCGGGAUCGGCGCGAUUGGUUAGUAGCGGUUCGCCGGGGAGCGGAGUGAGAUACGGCGGGAUGCGCGGGCGGUCACUACUGCAGCAGUGCCUCAUCAUGGGCGCUGAGCAGCGCGCCACGCGCGCCGUGACAGCCGCUGGUGCCGGUGGUAAUGCUGCUGCGGGUGCUGGCGAUGGUGCUGCUGCUGUUGUUGGCAGCAGAUCUGCUGGUGCUGGCGACAACGCUGACCCGGUUGUUGAAGGGGACGAGAAGAACGAGCAGGCGGAAAAUGCUGAGAAGAACGGCAAGAAGGAGGACGAGAGGGGCGAGAGGUCUAGCGGUGAUGCAAACGACCCUGCGGUGGGCUGUCCGUCGGUGUUGAAAUGGAGAGCGGUGGGGUGCGAUGGCCGUCGGUUUGUCGACCGGCGUGAUGUGCGGUCAGAGCAGGAGAGGAGGACGGUUCGUGGUGCUUUAGACUCAAAUGCGGAGCACGCCUCUACUCCACUGCUUUCACCUCCGCAGGGACCGCCAGGAGAAUUUGCGAGUGCUGCUGGUGCUGCUGCUGUUCGUGCUAGCAGCGAGGGAGAGACGAAUGUUGGUGGUACAGAUUUUCCCAACACGGAAAUGCGUGGGCAGGAGUCUCAGCGGCACGUUGCUGGAAUUUCAGGCGAGCUGUUCUGUCGAGAAAGCGAUUCUGCGAUACGUGGCGAGAGUUUGUCGCGAGCGGAUGUUACCACGGGAGGGCGGUCGUUCAUGGUCGGCUCGUUAGGGUCAACGCUUACGGAACGCGUGAGUGUACUGGAACUCGAGAACAAACAAACAACGCGUGCGGACAAUAGCGAGGACGGCGCGACCGAAAUUGCGAAUUCUGACAAACCUAACUCCAGCGGCAGCAGCCGUUCGUCGUCGAAUCUCGAUAGUGGAGGCGCGGAGUCGAACGACGAAGGAACCGGUGAGGAUGGGUCGGGAGUGGUGGAAAAGGAGGAGGGCGCGCGAGAAGACGACGGGGGAGAGAGCAGCCUAUCGGAAAGAGCUGCUGCAGCGAACAGCGCAAAAGGUGGCGACGACCGACGCGAUGCGAACCUGGGUGACGUAGGCGAUGGUGACAAUGGAGGGGCUUCGCAGUCUGCACGAGCGAGGCUGACGGCGGAAGAAGGCGAUCAGGCGUUGGAGUUCCCGGCGGACGGCGGGCAGCCGUCUCUUUUACCGGCGGGCGCGGAACGUAGGCGCGCGGAGCGUACGGGCGCGGAAGGGGAGGGCGCGGAAAGCAGCCCCGGAAAGGGCUCCUCGGGCUUGGUGAGGCCACAGCCGCGCAGGGCGCGGAGCGGCGAUCAUGCCAUCUCCCCGUCCUUCUCGAUUCCCGUAUCCCCUGUUUUCGGAUUCCCCUCCGUUCCUUCAUCUCCUGUUCCCGAAAUUUCCCGCUCGGGGGCGCGUGAGCGGAUUGCGCCCCAAUUUGCUGGCGAGGAGCGUACGGCGGCGCAGGCGCCGCCGCUGCAGCCUGCAGCGAAUGUGCGUCAAGUUCAGGCUGCGGCGCAGUCACAUUCGGGGAAGCACCAGGAACAUGGUGAAGCAGGGGGCCCGGUGUUCGAGUCGACUUCACAAUUGAGUGGCGGGAGUGAGGGGGGUGGAAGAGGUGCGCGUGAGGGGGCCGUGACGUCAGGAGAAGCAGGGGCGAAUCCUUCCAGGGCAGGCGAGGGCGGAAAGCGCUUCAAGUCUCAGGAAUCUGGGGGAAUUGGGGGGAAUGUAGGAGGCAGGGGCGGAGGAGGCAGGGGCGGAGGAGGAGGAAGAGGUGGGGAUGAUUCAGGGAACGGACGUGGUGUGAGCGGGACUGCAGCAGCAGGUGGGAGCGGUUCCAUUGUUCCUUGGCAUCCCGGCAGCUCACCUGCCGCUGUUAAUGGUCCUGCUUGCUCCCGUGGGGCGCAGGGGCAACAGGGGCAGCAGGGGCAGCAGGGGAUGGGACCAGGAGCGUACUCCCAGGAGCGUGUGGGGCCAGGGGGUCCUGUUGUUGCCCUGGCGCCAGGGGCGUAUUCCCAGCCUGCUGCUGCUGCUGCGGCUGCCAGUGGUAGUGCUGGUGUUGCUGGUGGUGCUGGGAGUGCUGGUGCCCGUGGUGGUGCGGGUGCAAGUACUGCUUCCUCAGGUGGUGCCUUGGGAGGGGGAGAGCGGGGAGGAGAAGGGGGAGGGCGAGAGGCAGGAGGAGAGGGAGGGCGGGCGGGCCAGGUGUCACGAGGAGCAAGAACCCCGUCCCCUCAAACCUCUGCAAGCGCAUCUCUGCGCCCUUCCCCCGUGCAACCCCCCCCUCCCCCUGUGUACUCCCCAGCUGUCGCCUCCUGGGUUCCGUUCGCCCUGCCCCCUGCUGCCUCUGCUGCCCCGGAGGUGGGUAAACUUCCUGUUUACCCUGUAAAACCUGGGGUACACAAGGUGCGCGUUGGGACGAGAAAUGUUUUACCGGAUGGGCAUUCCUCACGCGAGCAGCAGCAACCAGAGGGGCAGCAGCGGCAGCAACAGCAGCACCACCAUCAACAGCAGCAGCAGCAGCAGCAUCACCAGCCACAGCCGCAGGUAUUUCAGCAGCAGGCGCUGCUGGUGCCAAGGCCAAUGGCAGUGGUGGGUAAUCAACCACAGCCUAUCUCGCUUGCUUAUCAAAACCAGGUGCCCACUUAUCAACAGCAGGCUGCUUAUCAGCAAAAUCCAGGUGUUUUUCAGCAGAUUCCGGCUGCUUAUCAGCAGCAACAGGUGGUCGCAGGGAUGGAGGCAGGUGGCAAUUCCGCUGACGUCAUGGAGGGGAGGGGAGAUGACGUCACGGAUAUGCACAUUGAGCUGGAUGGGUUGGGGGAUGAGGGCAUGUGCGGUGUGGGGGAAGGGGGGAUGUGUGGCAUGGGGGAUAUGGGAGGAAAUGGGGGAGAGGCAGUGGUGGGGGGAGGGGAGGAGGUGAAAGAAGUAGUGACCGCAGCAGCAGCAGGAGUGGGGGGUGGAGCGGAGGUGGAGAGGGAUCCGCCUGUGAAGUCGAGGUUCAGGGGCGUGAGUCAUCACAGGCUGACCAAGCGGUGGGAGGCGUCGCUGUGGACCAACAAGAAGCAGCUUUACUUGGGUGGGUACGAUGCAGAGGAGAAGGCAGCGCGGGCGUAUGACAUAGCAGCACUGGCGUGCAAGGGCGCAGAGGCAGUCACCAACUUCCCACGGGAGAGCUACGCGGACAGCAUUGGGGAGUACCUUGGGAUCUCCUGCGAGGCGCUCAUCGCGAAACUGAGAAGGGAGAGCUCGGCCUUCUCUCGAGGUCGUUCCAAGUUCCGCGGGGUGUCGGGGCAGGAGGGGCGGUGGGAGGCGCGCAUCGGGUCGUAUUUUGGGCGGCGGAACGUGUCUUUAGGCGUGUAUGAGACGGAGGAGGCGGCAGCAGAGCAGUACGACCGUGCGCUGAUCAUUCAGAAGGGCACGCGGGCCAAGACCAACUUCUGCAUCUCGAAAUACAUUGCAGAGCACCUGCAGCACGAGCAAGGGCAGGAGGGAGCGGUGUUUCCCAGCCAGCAGCAGUCAUCGGGCAGCAGAGCAUGCCUUUCCACCACCACAGGAGCAGAUAUCAACCCUUCACUAGCAGCAGCAUCACCACCGUCAUCUGCUUACCCGCUGUCAGCCGCAGUGGCAGCAGCUGCAGCAGCCGCAGCAGCAGCAGCAGGAGGCGCAGCAACUGCGGAUGGGCAUGGUGGGGUGCGGUUUGGAGGGGUGAAGAAGGGUCGAAUCACUCCGGGGUUUGAUGCUCUGUACCGCCGAGCCAUGGCAGAGAUAGUGGCGAGCUCAGCCCUGCCGUUCCCUAUUGACGAGCAUGAGGGUAGACCUGCUGUGGAGGAGUGA